AUGGGCCAACUAAAAAACCCGGGAAGUCGAAGCCCGGCAAGAAGAAAGGGAGUUCAAAAACCCAAAAAGAAAUCAAGUGCCAAGCCCCCCAAGACGGAGUUGGACCCCCUCAGCCCGGAAGCAAUAGAGACUGCCUACUACGUUGCCCACAAUGCAGCACAGUUUCUGGAGCUCAGAGGCUUUGGGUGGUCUAAAUCACAAAAGAAGAAAAAGAAGAAGGGAGCAAAACGGAAAAGAAAAACAAGCAGUGAGCAAUGCUGCCAAGAUUUCUUUCCAGUUUGA